AUGAGUCAAGGUGGUCGUCUUUCCAAGAAUAAAUCACUAUUUCUAAUAUUUGGCUGUUUAUUGAUCGCUGUUUUUUUAUCUCUCUACAUACUGAAACCGAAAGGUAAUUACUUUUUGUGGUUAGCCUGCACAUGCGCAGGAAUUUGACAGUGUGACAGUGCUUAGUAUGCGCAUGCGCGUAAUUUUGUAGUUAAGGUGGUACAUGAUAGAAACCCAUUUCACCAAAAUGCUCAGUGCGCGCUCAAUUUUCAAGUUUCCCACCUCAAAUUUUGCAUUCAUAAUGAUAAAUCAUGACUGUAGUUAAAAAUCUGCCAAAAAUUCUACAUCUUUAAUUAAUAAACUGUACUUGCUACGGGUCGCUUUUCAAAAUAUGACGGCCUUUUUGCCGCGAUAUUAGAAAAAGUAUGUGUCCCGUCCCCUUUUUCUACGGCUCCGUAUAAAAUAAAUUUUGCAUGGCCCCUAACUACGGAAUUCCAAGAAACUCAAAUAUGGAAUUGUAUUGUAUUGUUGAAGUGAAAGUUAAAGGAAACUUUCUUGAAAGUUAUUGAUUUUCUUACAUAGUUUUUACAGAAAACUUGCAUUAUAUUUCGCAAAUUUUCGUUAGUAAAAUUUCGCCUCAUUAUAGAAAAAUUUGGCUUGCAUGACAAUUAGGUGCAAAUUGACCAUUUCGGCCUGACCGGUUCACGUGCAUGUCACAACAGAUUCUUUGUUUAGCUACAAUCACUUUCAAAAGUUGUCGGGACACAUGCGGUAUAUUUUAGAUAUUAAAAUUUAAGUUAAUUUGUUAUUUCUCGAAUAUCGAAAGUUUAUAGUCUCGUUAAAAGGACAGGAACUAAAAAGAAAAAAGUGCACCUGUAUGAUGAUAUACAUCAUAUAGACCAAUUCCAAAAAUAAUUGUCAUUCCCCUUUCUCCCGAAAUUAAUUUAUAAUAGUGCAGUAUAAGUAUUUUCCUCGAUGCACUUAUUAUCUUUUGUUCGGAGGCAAUGAAGUUUCCGCCCGGGUAAUUUUUUAGAGACAGUAAUUACUACGAACUGCCGUUUAACGCCCCUAAUACGUAGUGAAAAGUGUUAACGACCAACGUGUCUGAAAUUUUCAGGUAAUAUGCCAUAUAUACAAAGUAGCCCAAGAACAACUCCAAGAACAGGUAACAUUCCAUAUAUACGAAAAAUUCCAAGAACAAUUCCUAAAAUACGAAGUACUCCAAGAACAACUCCAAGAACAGGUAACAUUCCAUUUUUACGAAAAAUUCCAAGAACAAUUCCUUAUAUACGAAGUACUCCAAGAACAAUUUCAAUAACGAAUUCAGGUAACAUUCCAUUUUUACGAAAAAUUCCAAGAACAAUUCCUUAUAUACGAAGUACUCCAAGAACAACUUCAAGAACGAAUUCGGGUAACAUUCCAUUUUUACGAAAAAUUCCAAGAACAAUUUCUUAUAUACGAAAUGCUCCAAGAACAAUUUCUGGUAACAUUCCAUAUACACGAAAAAUUCCAAGAACAGUGCCUUAUAUACGAAGUACUCUAAGAACAACUCCAAGAACGAAUUCAGGUAACAUUCCAUUUUUACGAAAAAUUCCAAGAACAAUUUCUUAUAUACGAAGUACUCCAAGAACAACUCCAAAAACAAUUUCAUUACGAAGUACUCCAAGAAGAACUCCAAGAACAAUUUCAUUACGAAGUACUCAAAGAACAACUCCAAGAACAAUUUCAUUACGAAGUACUCCAAGAACAACUCCAAGAACAAUUUCAUAUAUACGAAGUACUUCAAGAACAAUUUCAUAUUUACGAAGUACUCAAAGAACAACUCCAAGAACAAUUUCAUUACGAUGUACUCCAAGAACAACUCCAAAAACAAUUUUAGGUAACAUUCCAUAUAUACGGAAAAUUCCAAGAACAAUUCCUUAUAGUUAUAUACGAAGUACUCCAAGAACAACUCCAAGAUUAAUAAUAAAUUCAGGUAACAUUCCAUGCAUAUGUACGAAGUAACUACUAUUCCUAAUACAAAUGAGAGCAUCACAGAUCUACAGUGCUAUUUCGAUAUUGCAACAAGUAAUUAAACCAAAUUUCAAGUCUAUACAAUUAAAAUAUAAGUAUUGAACAUGCGAGACAUUCAAAUUAAAACCAUUUCUUGUGUCAGACUGAUUUUUGUCAUUAUGCCAAGGCAAUUCUACGAUUGCACCAUGCAUUAAACUUUAAAGGAAUUGUCAAUGGGACGUGCUAGAUUGAAUAAAAAAAUAUAUAUACACAUACACGCAAGCGCCUAAGCCUUGGAUCGAAGAGAAGUGAUCUAUAAAUACAAGUCUAAAUAUGUCCCAGACAAAUUCCAGUGAUCUUCAUAACCUAACCCCCAAUGCAAUUACGAACACAAAAAAUGCAUGGUUGAUAUUUCCAUGCAUCACUAUAAGCUCCAUCUCGAUCACACCAGAUACUUAGGCAAGAAAGAAAUACUUUCCACAAAACAUUGAGGCGAAUAAAACUGUGCUGACCAUUCCCACGUUUGCCUUUUGAGCAAACUAAACGAAUGAAGCGGUUGAGAAUAUCUCAUACUUGCUAUAAAAUAUGAUGUACCAUGAUGUAUUCCUGAGCGCGAUAUGAAAAUUUCGGUAUUGCUGCGUGAUUUCAAGCUGCCCUGUUUGUCCUAAUAAGAUAUAUGUGUCAAUUUGUGUUUUUCAUUCACACCUUUGUAGGCACGGUACAUCCAUCGUCUUCAAGUAAGCCAUCAAAUAAAGUCAAAUACCAUAAUCCUAAUGAAACGAAGUCUGGUGAAUGUCUCAAGAACUACUUUGAAGAUAUCCUAUUAAUUAUUGUUUACCAUUUUCCAUUUUACGAAUCCAUUCCUUUGCUUAAGUCAUUUUAUCAAGAUGCAUUUAAAAACAUUGUGAUUUGUGGUCCAAAGGCCUAUUCCCUCCACUAUGUAAUGGUAGUUGAUCUUGGCCCAGGAUAUUAUGGUUAUCAAUGUGCCGGCGAGGCUAUACGAAGGUACUGAGGAUUAGGAAGUGAUUUACAAACUUUGGGGGUGGGGUAGGGAGGGGGGUGCUAAGCAUAGCUACUCUUGCGCUAAAGUUUAGAAUUUAGGUGAGGGUUAGCGAUAAGUGUUUAAAUUUACGCGGUCAGUGUUGAUUGGGUUAAGUUUAUUGUUUAGGGAUAAUAUGGAACUAGAUGCAUGCGCCUUCCCAUUUUCUUUCAAGAUUGAGAUGGUUGUCCAAUACCUUAUAAGGAUAGAACUUAUAAGGAUAGUAUUAUUAUUGCUAUUUACAGUACUUUUUUCUUAUAUAUAGUACCAUUAUACGAUAUUUUCAACCCUCCCCGAAAAGAAGCUAUAUAUGCUCCCGAUAGGUACGCAUUUUCGACGGCACCCCUCCUUUCUCCCACUUUGGAGUUUGUUUCGCGGCCUUUGUUUAAAUUUGUGCAAAGUCUUCGAAGAGAAGUUACAUUUUAGAUCCUGGAGGGUUGUUUUGAAAAAUAAGAGUGAAUUUUCUGUUAAAAUGUAUACCGAAAUAGUAUUGAGUUAAUUUGUAGCGAUAUAGUGAUGUCUUCUAAAUUGUAGUUGCUUCUGUAGGUAUCCUGGUUACCGUGGUUACUUGUAUAUAAAUGACGACAUGGUUGUGAACUGGUGGACAUUCUACAAACUUGAUAAGGAGAAAUUUUGGCUAGGUGCGAAAAUUACACUAAGUAAAUGUCAUAUCAUGGGAAAACGACCAUUGCAAACCAAUUGGGUUUGGUGGAGCAUUUCGAGUAAAUCUGCCAAGAGUUGUGAAGAUACUUACUCAGAAAUCACGCAAAAAUAUCACUCAAUUGAAAAUAUCAAUGUCACGGAAUUGGUAGAAACACAUCGUGUUAAUGGCCAGGGAGAAAAGCUUUGUUUUAGGACGUGGUCAGACUUAUUUUAUGUACCGAAAAAGUUUAGUGAUCAGUUUCAGCGGAUCUCUUUUGUAUUUCAUAAAAAUCGAGUGUUUUUGGAAGUUGCGGUGCCCGACAAUUAUGAGUUUUCUAGAUUUACGAGAUUCAUGGGAAAAUCACUAUGGCUUUUAUCUGCCAGACAAGUAUGGUUAUCGUAG